AGAGGUUGCAGUUAGUCGAGAUUUCACCACUGCACUUCUGCCUGGGUGUCAUAGUGAAAUCCUGUCUCAAAAAAAGUAGACCAAGAACAUUAAUAGACAGUUUUCAAAACAAGACAUACAGGUGGCCAACAAGCAAAUGAAAAGAAGCUCAACAUCCCUGAAUGUUAGAAAAAUGCAAUCCCAUUACUGGGAUAGGUGUAUACACUAUUGUAUACACAGAAGAAUAUAAUUGAUUCUGCCUUAAAGACAUAUGAACAUGAAUGUUCUUUUCAACACUAUGCACAAUAGCAAAGACACAGAAUGAGCCCAAAUGCCCAUCAAGGACAGAUUACAUACAGAUAAUGUGAUACAUAUGCACAAUGGAAUACUAUGAAGCCCUAAAAAAGAAUGAGGUCAUGUCUUUUGCAGGAACAUGGAUGGAGCUGGAGGCCAUGAAUCUUAGUAAACUAAUGCAGGAACAGAAAGCCAAAUACUCCAUGUUCUCACUUACAAUUGUGAACUAAAUGAUGAGACUCAGGGACACCAAUAGGGGAACAACACACACAGAAGCCUACUUUACGGUGGAGGGUGAAAGGUGGGAUAGGAGCAGAAAAAACAACUAUUGGGUACUAUGCUUAGUACCCAGGUGAAGAAAUCUUAUGUACCACAAACCUCAUGACACGACUUUAUCUGCAUAUGUACCCCUAUAAUAAAAGUAAAAAAAAAAAAGAAAAAAACCCAAUCUCACCUUUCUCCCAGAAUCUACAGGAGAAACAGUAUCUCUGAAACUUUGUUUUACAUGGACUCCAAGACAAAGCAGAGAAUGUAGUUAGAGUCCAGGUAUGUGACAGACAGAUGAGAGUGACCCUCACAUGGCAGAGCCAAGGGGCCUACUGUGAGGCAGGUUCAUGCAUUAACUUUCUCUACUUCUCUCCUGAGGAUCAAGGUCAGGAGGAUCAGACCUUCAAAGGCUCUCCCAGAACCUUUAAAUGCAAAGAGAAUUGCCUUCUAGGUCUAACGUCUUUUUCUAAAAUUCCCAAUUUACUUUUAGUCAUUGUACAAAUUGAGAGAAUGUACACCUUCUGGCUAGAUUCUGCACAGCAGAGAAAAUGCUUGAGAGGCACAAAGAGAAGCUUUACAAUCACUACCCCUCACUCCAUCAUCCUAUCCCUGGUAACCCAAUCCACAGCCUGGUACCUCCACUACUGUCAUUUCCACUGCCUUACAGCAAACAGCUAUGGUUGUGACAGAGUUUCUUCCUGACAUCUGAGUCUUUCUCCUGCUACACGGAAAGCUUGCUGGGAGGGGCUUGGAAUCUGGCAUGAAGCCAGAGGGCAUCUCUGAGUUGCAGCAUUUAAAUGAUCCCACUCAGAGAUUCACACAGAAGACUGGACACAAUUCCGAAGAGUCACCCAGAAGGAGAGAACAAUGUCAUCACUACCCGUGAGUUGAAAAGGCACAGACUUUAACCAUCUCAAGUCACAUAAACCAAGAAAGAAACAGGGGAGAUUUUCUGAGAUGAAAAUAUGAGCACUCCUACUACGAAUGCUUUCCUGAGAGGUGUGGUUGUGUGGAAGAGAAACCCUGAGGCUGUGGUAUCUGAGAUGACUGUGGGGUGUGAGGUGGGGAUCCUGGACCAGUGUAACCCUCUGUGAGUGUGUGGUGGUAUCUGAUGAGAGUGAACUCUGCUGAGAUUAAGUGACUUUAGGUGGGAGGCAGAUGUCCCACCAGGAUGGGCGGGUGUGUGAGUGAGUGUAAGUGGUUGAGUGUGCUUUGUCUUCCUGUCUGUGAUGUGAGUGUAUGUUUGCUCACAGCCAGACCAGUGCAUGGUCAUCUUUAUGUGCACAGUGAGCAGGUAUGUGAAGCAGCUGUGUGUCUUUUCAUGUGUGGCAAUGUGGAUCCCAGAUGGCUUAACUGGUAGGGAUCUUGGGGAUUGUGAGUUACCAAGGACUAGUUUCAGGUCACUUAUGAGAGCGAAAUGUAGCAUCAGUAGAUGUCUUCCCAGUAAGAGUGGGGAAGAGCAAUGCAGACUAUGGGGGUGAUGGUUCCUCAGGUGGGGACUGCACAGAGUGACCACUGGCUUUGGCUUCCCAAGCUCAGCUUCCUUGCCCCAGCUCAGCCUGUUCUUCCCAUUGUGGAACAGGAGAGUGUUCAGACACUGAUUUGCCAGGGAAGAAUAUUAGAGGCCAUGGUUUCAGUGACUGAACCAUGCGAAAUAUUCACGGUAAGCUCUGUCUGAACUGAAACUAAACUUGUUCCUCCACUCAUGAAAGAAAAAGCUCUGUUUGAAUUCAGACAGAGUUUACUGUGAAUGUUACUCAACAAAGCAGCUGGGUUCACUGGCUCAUGGCCAUCACCCCACCAAUUUGGGAGGCAAAGAUGGGAGGGUAACUUGAGGCCAGAAGUUUGAGACCAGUCUGGGCAUCAUAGUGAGACCCUUUCUUUGAAAACCUUUAAAUAUCAGACUGGCAGAGUGGCAGGCACCUUUCGCCCCAGCUACACAAGAGGGGGCAGAUGUGUGAGGAUCACUGCAGCCCAGGAGUUCGACGUUUCAGUGAGCUGUGAUUGCACCACUGCAUGUCAGCCUGGGUGACAAAGCAAGACCCUGUCUCAAAAAUAUGGAAAAAUCAUCAACCACUUGUAGUAGUCGUAGAAAUCAAUCGUUCCCUCUAGUUAUGUCCCUGACCCACAGGCUUCAUAUGUGCAAGUACUGAGGCUGCGCUGUCAGCAAUGUGUCCUUCUGGGAAGGACGUCCAUUGCCCUUGAUGAUUGUGAUGCAUGUACCAUACACACUGCCUGUUUCCUUGUCUGUUGGUUCCUGCGUGAUAAUCACAGGGACACCGAUCCUCACUUUUGUCAAGGACCCACAGCUGGAGGUGAAUUUCUACACUGGGACGGAUGAGGACUCAGAUAUUGCUUUCCAAUUCCGACUGCACUUUGGUCAUCCUGCAAUCAUGAACAGUCGUGUGUUUGGCAUAUGGAGGUACGAGGAGAAAUGCUACUAUUUGCCCUUUGAAGAUGGCAAACCAUUUGAGCUGUGCAUCUAUGUGCGUCACAAAGAAUACAAGGUAAUGGUAAAUGGCCAACGCAUUUACAACUUUGCCCAUCGAUUCCCGCCAGCAUCUGUGAAGAUGCUGCAAGUGUUGAGAGAUAUCUCCCUGACCAGAGUGCUUAUCAGCGAUUGAGGGAGAUGAUCAGACUCCUUAUUGUUAAGGAAUCCCACUUUCUACCUGACCAUGGGAUUCCCAGAGCCUGCUAACAGAAUAAUCCCUCCUCACCCUUUCCCCUACACUGGAUCAUUAAAACAGCACCAAACCCCA